AUGGCGGACAUCACGCAGAUUCUGGUCAACACCCAAAAUCCGGAUCAAACCGUUCGAUCUCAAGCCGAGCAGCAGUUGGAGCAAGCCAAAGAGGCGAAUUUUUCCUUGUACCUCUCCUCGUUGGCGAAAGAACUCGGAGAUGAGUCGAAACCGAGCGAAGUCCGACGACUCGCCGGUUUGAUCUUGAAAAACAGCAUCGACUCGAGGUCGUACCAAACGAAGAAGAGUUUACAGCAAAAAUGGCUCAAUCAAGUCGAUCAAAACCAACGGAUGGAGAUCAAGUCUAUGAUUUUCCAGGCGCUGAGCUCGCCUGUUCAGGAGAUUCGACACACGGCGGCGCAAGUGGUGGCUAAAUUUGCCGCUGCGGAGAUACCGGCGAAACAGUGGCCGGAGCUGAUACCGCAGUUGCAAUUGAGCGUUUCCGGUCCUCAAAGUUCCACGGAAUUGAAGCAAUCGACGUUGGAAGCUUUAGGAUACAUCUGCGAGGAAUUAUCGUUGAACGGAGAGCAAGGGGAUGAUUUUGGCGGCAUGGGCGGUUUGGACCAAACCGCGGUGAAUACGAUGUUGACGGCUAUUAUUCAAGGGAUGGACAAAACGGAAACGAACAACGAGGUGCGAUUAGCGGCGUGUAACGCGUUAUCGAUCGCGUUAACGUUUGCCUCGGAGAACUUUUCCAAGCAGCAAGAGAGAGAUUACAUCAUGCAAGUGACGUGUGAAGCGACGGUCUCGCCGGAUCAAAGGAUUCGAUACGCCGCUUUUGAAGUUUUAGUCGGCGUCGCGGAGGAGUAUUACGAGUAUCUCGAAAGUUACAUCUCCGCAAUUUACGAUUUGACCGUGAAAGUUUUACACGGAGACGAUCCUCAGAUUGGUUUACAAGCGAUUGAGUUUUGGUCGUCGAUUUGCGAGGAAGAAAUUGGAAGAAAGGAUGCCAUCGAAGACGGCGAACGGGACGUCAAGUAUCAUCAAUUCAUCGAAAAGGCGUUGGGAGUGUUGACGCCGAUGUUGCUCGAGCAGUUGACGAAACAAGAGGAAGGUCAAGACGAAGACGAAAACGCGUGGAAUUUAGCCAUGGCGGGCGGAACGUGCUUGAACUUGAUCGCAAACUUGACCGGCGAUCAAGUCGUGGACGGCGUCAUGCAAUACAUCACGCAAAACAUCCAACAAGAUAACUGGAGACAAAAGGAAGCCGCUCUGUUUGCUUUUGGUGCUAUUUUAGAGGGUCCGUCGAGAGAAAAAUUAGCUCCUCUCGCGAACGAUGCGUUGCCGUUCUUGUUGAACUCGAUGAACGAUAAGAACACGCACGUGAAAGAUACCACGGCUUGGACGAUUGGACGCGUCUUUGAGUUUGUGCAAUCGCCGGAGUAUCGUUUGAUCACGCAGAGUAAUUUGGGAACGACGUUAGCGGCGCUGACGGAAUCUCUCAAAGACGUGCCGAACGUCGCUGGGAAAGCGUGCUGGAGUAUUCAGAAUUUAGUCACCUCUCUCGGUGAAGAUGAUCAAUUGCGACCGGCACUUUCGCCGUUUUUCCAGCCCAUCGUGCAAGCGUUGUUGGUCACCGCGGAGAGACCGGAUGCGGAGAUGAAGUUGAAAGUGGAAUGUUACGAAGCGUUGAACGAUAUCAUUCGAGGUGCGAGCACAGAAACGUUAGUUACGGUGCACCAGCUCAUUCCCGUCGUCUUGCAAAAGCUCGGGAGCACGUUCGAGACGCAAGUGACUUCCCAAGACAUGUUGGAGAAGCAAACCGAUCAACAGGCGUUGUUGUGCGGAACUUUGCAAGUUAUCAUUCAACGCUUGGGAUCGGAAGAAGCGGCGAAAGGCUCCUUGGCGCAGCACUCUGAUAACUUGAUGACUGCUUUUUUGAGAGUUUUAGCGAAUCGAUCUGCGACUGUGCACGAAGAAGCCAUGCUCGCGGUCGGCGCUUUGGCGCACUCGGUAGGUAAAGAUUUCGAAAAAUACAUGGAGGCGUUUUACCCGUUCGUCGAGGUUGGUUUGAAAAACCACGAAGAGUUUUCUGUGUGCCAAGCGACGGUUGGUGUGGUUGGGGACAUCUGUAGAGCAUUAGACGAAAAGUUGGCGCAAUGGUGCGACAACAUCGUGUUUUUGUUGUUGCAAGAUUUGCAAUCGUCCGAGUUACACAGAGCCGUGAAGCCGCCGAUUUUGAGCUGUUUCGGAGACAUUGCUUUGGCGGUUGGUCCUUCGUUCGAUAAAUAUCUCGAAUUCGUUUUACCCAUGUUGCAAAGCGCGACGAGUUUGGCGAUGACAAAUCAAGAUCCAAACGUUGAAUUAGACGAAGAUACGGUGCAAUACAAGAACGAUCUCAGAAAUGGCAUUUUCGAGGCGUACACCGGGAUUUUGCAAGGGUUCCGAGACGAUAAGUCCAAAAUCGCGAGUUUGGCGCAGCACGCGCGCUUUAUUUUAUCCUUCAUCGAAGACGUUUCAAAAGAUCCGUACAGAGACGCGAGCGUAACGAGGAACAUGAUUGCGUUGUUGGGAGAUAUGGCGGAUACCAUGGACGGUAUCGGCGAGCUGUUCAAAGAAAAGACGUUUUACCAAGCGUUGUUCCAAGAACUUCACUCGCAAUCUUCAGAUGACACCAACUUUGACUCGACUUUGCACUGGGCGAGCGAGCGCAUCGCCCUAAGAUUGACGCAAUAA